UGAAGAAGGGAACCAUCCAUAUACUGUUGUUGUCUCCGCUUAGUUAGCUUGCAUGAAAUAUCAAUCUAGAAACCUCGAAUAACGACGACGUAGCUACUAUCUUGAAGAUUGAAUGUUCAACAUGGGUUACAAUAAAUUCAGAGUCAACGCUACUCGGAAGAUGUCAAAGACGUUAGCCUUGACCGUUCUAGCUUGUUUGUCGUUCUGCAUCAGUGUUUGCAGGGCAGAGGAUAGUGCCAUGGAGAACAUCGUAACAGAGAGGAAGGUUGAAGAUAACCACAGACAAGACAGUGCCGACCUGCUGAUUUUCAUCAUGCUCCUAACCCUCACGAUUUUAACAAUAUGGUUAUUCAAGCACCGUCGUUUCAGGUUUUUGCAUGAAACAGGACUAGCUAUGAUCUAUGGUGUGCUGGUUGGGGUGGUCCUGCGCUAUGGUAUCCACGUACCCCGUGACAUUAGUAACGUCACCCUCAGUUGCCAUGUCAACGCCAGCCCGCCCACACUGCUCGUCAACGUCAGUGGCAAGUUCUACGAGUACAGUCUGAAGGGCGAGAUCAGCGCCUCUGAGAUCAAUGACGUACAAGACAACGAGAUGCUUCGCAAGGUGACCUUUGACCCCGAAGUGUUCUUUAACAUCCUCCUGCCCCCCAUCAUCUUCCAUGCCGGCUACAGUCUGAAGAGGAGGCACUUCUUCAGGAACAUGGGGUCCAUCCUGGCUUACGCCUUUCUGGGGACAGUCAUAUCAUGUUUCAUCAUUGGGUUGUUGAUGUACGGCUGUGUCACGCUGAUGAAGCAGGUGGGACAGCUUGAGGGGGACUUCUUCUUCACUGACUGUCUGUUGUUUGGAGCCAUUGUCUCUGCUACUGACCCCGUGACGGUGCUGGCCAUUUUCAACGAGCUGCAGGUGGACGUGGAUCUGUACGUUCUGCUGUUUGGAGAGAGCGUUCUCAACGACGCUGUGGCCGUGGUGCUGUCCUCGUCUAUCGUGGCGUACCAGCCGGAGGGGGACAACAGUCACACCUUUGAGGUGAUGGCCAUGUUGAAGUCCUUCGGGGUGUUCCUGGGUGUCUUCAGUGGAUCCUUCGCCCUGGGGGUGGCCACCGGGGUCAUGACAGCAUUCGUCACUAAGUUCACUAAGCUGAGAGACUUCCAGCUACUGGAGACUGCUCUCUUCUUCCUCAUGUCCUGGAGCACCUUCUUAAUGGCAGAGGCCUGUGGCUUCACAGGUGUUGUGGCGGUGCUGUUCUGUGGGAUCACUCAGGCUCAUUACACCUUCAACAACCUGUCCCCUGAGUCCCAGGAGAGGACCAAACAGUUGUUUGAGCUGCUAAGCUUCCUGGCGGAGAAUUUCAUCUUCUCCUACAUGGGUCUGGCCCUGUUCACCUUCCAGAACCACAUCUUCAACCCCACGUUCAUCGUCGGGGCUUUUCUGGCAGUGUUCCUGGGCAGAGCAGCCAACAUCUACCCCCUGUCCUUCCUGCUUAACCUGGGACGAAGGAACAAGAUCAGCUCCAACUUCCAACACAUGAUGAUGUUUGCUGGUCUGCGUGGGGCGAUGACCUUUGCCCUCUCCAUCCGGGACACGGCUACGUACGCCCGUCAGAUGAUGUUCACCACCACCCUCCUCAUCGUCUUCUUUACUGUGUGGGUCUGUGGAGGGGGAACCACUCAGAUGCUCUCCUGCCAGCACAUACGUGUUGGAGUUGAUUCGGACGCAGAUAACUCAAUGAGCAUUGCAGAGGGAUCAGAGUGGAGGAGCACCAAACACGAGAGUGCCUGGCUCUUUAGGAUCUGGUACAACUUUGACCACAACUACCUGAAGCCCAUCCUGACCCACAGCGGCCCCCCACUCACCGUCACCAUGCCUGCCUGCUGUGGACCGCUGGCCAGAUGUCUCACCAGCCCACAGGCCUAUGAGAAUGAGUGCCAGCUGAAGGACGACGACUCGGACCUCAUCCUGACGGACGGGGACAUCAGCCUGACCUACGGUGACAUCACGGUGAGCACGGACGCCAGCGGUGCCCACACCAGUGCAGGGCCCGCGGGCACCACCUCUGCCGUCAUCUCCGCUGACGACUUGGACCGCGAGCUGACGUACGGGGACCACGAGCUGGUGAUGAGGGGUACUCGUCUGGUCCUGCCCAUGGACGACUCCGAGCCCCCCCUCGCCGACCCACGACACCGUAUGCGGAUGUGAGGCGAAAGAGAGGCCAGCUAGCCAGAUGACCAAUUCACUCUACGUCCUGCUCAGCUCAGGCUGCAGGAAUUAGAUAAACUAAGAUCAGCAAGAGACUGGUCUCUCUCUCUCUCUCUCUCUCGUUCUCGCUCUCUCUCUCUCUCUCUCUCUCUCUCUCUCGUUCUCGCUCUCUCAUACACCGCUCCUCAUCUGUCUUUCUCACUCGCUCUCUCACUGCCUCUCCUCUUUGAGUUUCUCAAGUGGUUAAUCCAUGUCUCUACCUCAUUCUUCUUUGUUCAUUUCUACUCCUGUCGCCAUAAUAAUAAUAUUCAUUAUUUAUUCAUGUUUAAUAUUCUUUUGAUUUUGUUAAACCGAUAGCUUUUCUCAGUUUGUCUUCUAACCGGACCACACUGAAAUCACGUGGCAAUCUGCUCACAGUAGCGUUGCAGAGGAGUCUAUACACAUCUGUAGCAUGCAUUAGUCUGUAUGUGGAGGUCACAGCUAGCUUAGCUAAUACUAUUUGUCUCUGUAUCACAGGGUGUAUAAUAACGUUGUUGUUUUUUUAUGCGUGGGGAGUGGGUAGGUUGAGGAGCUGACUGAGUUUGUAGCCUUGUUUUUGGGUCUGAUUCUGAAUGUUGCUGCCUUCUGUGUGAUCCAAGGCAUGCUGGCUGACUUAGUGGCUCUGCGUUGCAUUGUGUUGCUAUGCAUACGGUUAGAAUCAAGUGCCUGAGUGACCAUUGGUUUAUGUUCCCUUUUAAAAGUAAUGCACUCCUCCGUCCACAGGGUGGCGACCUCUCUACGGGUGACAGGCUGCCUGCGUUUGAGCCAUUGGUCUGUAGAUAGUUAACAAUGUUCUAGCCUGGUUCAACCAAGCUAACAAUGUAAUUCAGCUCGCUCUGUGUAACCUGGCACACGUCUUGGAUCUCCCACAAUGACCUUAGACUGUGACUUUGGGAGGGUUUGACACCUUAUUUUAGAAGCUGGCCAUGUCACUCACCACAGAAGCAGAAAGAAGGGCUGUCGUUUCGAAUACGAGUUCCAAAUCUCCUGUACGGUGAAAGUUGGUGCCAUUCCUCCUGCAUUGACAUUUGAUGAAAAUUGAGUGCAGGCAGCCUGAAAAUACUUGAUGUAUUUUGCAACAUACUAUAAGUACUUUAGCUACAUCCUAGUUUUCACUGUAAUUAUAAUACUAUACACGUGUAACAUGGUGUAUAUUUAAGCAAUAAGGCACGAGGGGGUGUGGUAUAUGGCCAAUAUACCACGGCUAAGGGCUGUUCUUAU